CGCUCGUGCGAGGCUCAAACGUCCACACACAAAAGAGAAACAAGACGACAAAAAGCAUCUGCGCCCUUCACGCGACAGCACUCCCUGGACAGCCUCGAGCUGGCACUAGAGUCCAGGCAGCGUUUCCGUCAUGUUUUGGAAAUAUGGGGGAUUCGGGUUUCGGGAAACCUGUGGUAUCGAAGCGCUGCUAGAGAAGCCGGCGCAUGAAGUGACUUUGGAACAAGUGCUCGACGAGGAAGACUUGCUGCAGGAAAUCAAGAACCACCAUGCGCGGCUCCUCGACUAUUUGCGCCAGGAGCACAUCAUCCAACGACUGCUACAGCUUAUCAUCGAGGAUUACACAGACGACCCAAGCAAAUCCUUCAAAUAUGCCUUUGUUGCCUGUGAGAUUCUCUCUUGUGAAGUAUGGUCAAUCUGCGAAACUGUCUUUGAGCACCCACGGCUACUAGAGAUGUUUUGGGGCUUUCUCGACAGCGAGCCUCCGCUCAACCCUUUGAGGGCAUCUUACUUCACCAAGGUCAAUGAAAAAUUCUUGGAGAAGAAGACAGAUGAGAUGAUACCGUUUGUUCAAUCUGUACCGAACGUCCUGGAGAAAAUCCUCAAGCACAGCGAUACAAGCGCCAUCAUGGAUUUACUGCUCAAAAUUAUAUCGAUGGAGAAGACAGAGGUAGGAGCUGGUAUCGUCGAGUGGUUAUAUGACGAAGGCUUGCUCAACUCAUUGCUCAAGCAGCUAAAGCCCGACGUGGAUCCCGAUAUUCAAACGACCGUCUCGGAUGUCAUCAAGGCCAUCAUCGCCAUCUCUGCCAACUCGAACGAUCCGGGUGUGAUUGGGCCCAAUGCGCUCUCACGAAACCUCGUAUCCGAAGACACCAUGUCGACGCUUGUACGACACAUGAUUCAGCCUGUGGAAGCAGGAUCCAACGCAAGCCUGACAACGGGCGUUAGUAUCGUCAUUGAGCUCAUCCGGAAAAACAACUCCGACUAUGACGCGACGCCCAUCAUGGCGCUAGCGUAUAGUCAGCAGCCCCCAACCUCACGCGAUCCAAUCUAUCUUGGCACGAUGCUACGGAUUUUUGCAGGUGCCAUUCAAGAGUUCCAGGCCUUGCUGCUCGCGCCACGCAAUGUCAAGCGCAUCAAGACCUCUGGAUACGGCGAAAUUGAGUCACUAGGCUUUGAACGCUUUCGCAUCUGUGAGUUGUACGCCGAAUUAUUGCACUGCAGUAACAUGGCAUUGUUGAAUGAUCCGCGUGGCGAAGAUGUUGUCCGCGAACGCGAUGCAGAGAGAGAACGGCUGAAGCAGAUCCAGGUCAAACUGAGGGAAGAGGAACGGCGGGCGAAUGCAGCACUCAAUGCGAAACGAACGCCAUCGCGUAGUCGGUCCCGCGCAAGUCUUCCACGGCAGUCCAUGGAUUCUGAGCGGGCUAGUGAGGAAGAGAAGGAGGCCAUUGCACCGACACGCCCGCGUGGACAUGAGCGACGAGGAUCGAUUGAGCAAGAAGGUAUGCCGUACUUGCCGGAGAGCAAAUUGCACAAGCAUGGCAUCUCGCCUGGUCAUGCGAAAGAGCAGCAAGAGCUAGAGAUGAUGGCUGAUAUUGGCCCACAGGACCACGAAGUACGGACUCCAGACUUGCCACAAGAGGGCUUUCAUCUGGAGGCCGACACGAGUUCAGGGAAGCCCGUGCUCAGCACUCUGCUGGCAGAGGCAACGACCAAUGCUGGAGCCGACUCAGUCGAAGCUGACGAUGAAGACAAUCUGCCUACACCUCGCGCAGCUGCUCCACCAUCGGACGCAGAUACAGUUUCCAUCACGUCGAGCAAUUCUCAAGAAAUGCAACCGUUUGAUCCUGUCGUGGGAGAUUUCCUCAAGAUGCAAUUCAUGCAGCAGCGUGUCAUCUCGACCAUUCUCGAUCUCUUCUUCAAAUUUCCCUGGAAUAAUUUCCUGCACAAUGUCGUGUAUGAUGUCGUUCAGCAAAUCUUCAAUGGUCCGAUGGACCGCGGCUACAAUCGUGUCCUUGCCAUUGACAUGUUUGUACAAGGGCAGCUUUGUGAGAAGAUUGUCGCUGGUCAGCAAUCAUCAGACUCGCACGUUGCCGGGGAUGGAGUACGGCUUGGCUAUAUGGGUCAUUUGACAUUGAUCGCUGAUGAAGUGGUCAAGUUUUCCGAGCGAUAUCCACCACAGAGCAUUUCUCCACUCAUUCACGAGCGGCUGACUUCACAAGCGUGGGUGGACUUUGUCAACACUACACUUGCAGAAACAAGAGCAAGGGAUGCAGCGAUUCUUGGGGGCGAACGACCACCUAUGCCGUCGCAGACCAUGCCUAGUGUUGGCUGGGACAUGCCUGGUGCUGAGGAAGACGACGAAGAGCUGCAACGCCGUAUGGGUCAGUUCAAUAUGAAUGAUGAAGCUGAAGGAUCCGACCAAUUCGCCAACUACAUUUCUCAGCAAAUCUCAAAUGAAGGAGGCGAUAAGUUUGAGAGUUCAGAUGAAGAAGAUGAGGAUGAUGAUGGCGAAUCAAACGAUUGGAUCAAUGCGCGGAAUGACUUUGCACGGGCACGGGAGUAUGACCGCUACGAAGAGGCAGACGACGAGCAAGUGGAGAACAUGUCAGAUGAGGGUCAGGGUGCUUUAUUGGAGCCUGACGAGGGUUACCCUGAGGAGCGACUCAUCAUGGUGGAUCCCGAGCCUGGACAGGAAAGAGAGGUCGAGGCUGCAGGAGAGGACGAAAUAGCUGCUGGCAUGCAUGCGAAAGACGAUUCCCUCCCUCUUAGCGAAGAUGAGGAGGAGGACGAUGAGGACAAUACAAAGCGCAGACAGGCUCAGGCCGCAUCGCCUGCUAUUGAUCGUUCGAAGAUUGAUCUGGACCUGUAGCGGCAUCAUUUCGCGACACAUGGCAAAGCAGCCUGAGCGUAGAGUGGCAUGCAUAUGUUUACAAGACUACAUACAGCAACAUAUGUCUCUCAGUGAGCAAGUAUGAAGAAGUUGAGACACAAGUUCAUGCUCCUGACGUUGAAACUCUUGUGUUCCAUGCCCUGAGUCCAACAAUGCAGUCAUCG